GGUUGACAAGAUGGCGUCAGACUUUGUCCAAGCUAUAAACACUUUCAUUUCGUUUUCUUUAGUUUAUUGUUGUUUUGUGCAAAUGCAAGCUAGCCAGAGGUAGUUUCUUUAAAGUUCCUUAAUUCUGAACAAGUUAUGUGGAAGAGAGAGGAGGUUGUCUCCAGCAGCGAUGAAAGUUUGGAGGAGGAAGUUUCUCAUGGGGUUCCUGGAGGUUUUGAAACUGCCGCCGGUGCGUGUAAAUUGAAGCCUGUGUUUGAUGACAUUUUCGCUGAUAUUCAAGCUAGUAUUCCUACCUUGGACUUAGAAGAUUCUUCAGAGGUAAGGAAUAACAAGAUGCAAUAUUGUACUAAAGUUGCUUUCCUUGAAGUUACGUUAAAAAUUGAACCGCCAGAGAGCUUGUGACAAUCUUUGUUGCUUAGGCAACAUGUACACUUACUCUCAAGGUUUAACGAACAGUCGAUAUCAAACAACUAAGGUUCAAUCACGUCAAAAGAACCUACUUGGUAAGAUUUCCGCACGACCCCAUGCGUUUAUUAUGGAUGCAUGUUUCGACUCUAUUGUAUUGACUAUUUGAGUGAAAUAAUAUGAAAUUGCUGCAAGCAAAAAUAAUGUAUUCAGCUGCAUGGAAAUUAUGUUUGACUCGUUUUCACAAAAAACAACUGAGAGUAGACAACCCUGAAAACUGGGACUCAGGCUUAAAGCGGUGCACAGCAUUGAGAGUCAAAUUGAGAGUCAUUUCAAAUAGAAGUAGCACUGGAUUUUAGGGUCAUCACACAAUAGUCCUUCCCAAAAGAGGAGGGAGGAGCGUUAAGUGAUGACCCUAAAGUGACAUGAAGGAGACUAAAUAGCUUGGGGCUAGUGGAGCAACCCACUGGGUUAGUUUGUUCCAAUACAAGUUAAAUUAUUACGAGUUGUCCUACAGGCAAGCAAAAUAAAGUAAAUGUAAGGGAACAAGGGGUUCACAGGCCUUCAGGACUGCUCCAAGCCAGUAAACUUCACCAAUAGCUUGUCCAAAGGGAAGAUAAUUUAAAAAAUUUCGUCUUACCCUGAGAAAACUUUAAGAAUAGCCAGAAUCAAUACUAGAUGUCCAUUUUAGAGAGGUGUCAAACUUAUAAGAGGUUUUUUGCCUCUUAGAAAAUCAAAUGACUAAAGAAAGGUAGGGAUCAACUCUAGGUGUCUGUUUUAGGAUGGUGUGUCUAGAUCUUUAUCAUAAAAGUGUCUGUUUAUUGACUGUUUUUGUCUUCAACAACACAGUCUCUACAGAAGUAAGGUGAAAAGGAAAGUUUUUAGAAUCCAAUUUAACUUCACAAUAAAAUUGCUUUGCAGGAGAGCAAUGACGGUGAAGAACCAGUGUUGUAUACAAGAAAAGCAUGGCCACUGUCCCCAGAUAUUUUGGCACAAACUAGCCUUAAAAACAGUGAACAAGUCUCUUCUCCUUUUGCCAAUGCUUCAGACAGUGGUUUGUCCCUUGUCAGCCCUGAUGGACAGAGCAGCUCGUCACUCUCAGAUAGUGAACAGGUUUCUUUUCCUUUAUUUUCUUUUUUGAAAAUUUGGGGGAUAUACUUAAGAGUUGAAGGUGAUAAGGUUUUUUAUUACAUAGACACCAACGAAAUAAAUUAACUUCUUCACAUGUGAAAAUAACAUGUUAUCUUCACAUGUGAAAAUAUUACCAUUGCUAUGGCUUUAUAAUAAACCGCACCUUUCAGACCAAAAAUUUUUUUAAGUAAAAUGGUUUGGCAUUUUAUUGGUGUUUAUAUAAUAAAUAGAAUAUUACAUGGUCGCUUGGAGAUACGAAAUUUCUCUUCUGACGCGUUGAAACUAAUAUUUCACUCGUUCGCUGUGUUCACUCGUGAAAUAUUUUUCAAAACUCGAAGAGAAAUUUCAUAUCUCCGCACUGCCAUGUAUCCUCUUUAUAACUGUACGAUAAAGGGGAGGUUAAAAAUUUUUUAGUUUCUCACCAAACUGUGUGGUAAAAUCUUUUGAAAGGUGUGCAACAUAUUGCAGGGCUUCUGAUAAUUCGCGCGGUCGCGGACCCGUGAAAUUCAGGUAUUUCCGCGAAAUCCCGCGAAAUCCCGCGAAAUUCCCCAGAAAACACGAAAUACCCCGAAAUCCGCCAGAAAUAUUUCCAAAUACAUGUUGGCAAAACACAUUUAAUACUUAUCUUGGCUAUUAGACCUGUUCUAUUCACCUCAAACGUCCAAAUUUAUCUUGAAACUGCGUCACUGCAACUAGUAAACAACGUCUCAAAAUAAACUACCAGGCGUCUUAGAUGAACGUUGCGAAAAACUGGGCACUAACCAUAAUGAUAACAGCUUUAGCAUUCGCUCAUUUCUUGAGCGAACUGUUGUUGAAAGAGCAAGUGAUUAUCCCUGUUAAAAAAACGUUAAACAAUGCUGGUCAUAUCGACGCAAAAUUGAUCGAUUUUAGCGAAAUUUGCCAAAAACAUCCAGCGAAAUCGGCUGUUUUUUACUGAUUGUUUCUUGGCGAAGUUUCCCCCAAAAAUUUCCCGUGAAAUAGGCCGAUUUUUCUAAGAAUUUGCCCCGAAAAUCCUUCGAAAUUUGACUUUUUCCGCUAAAAUCCCGCGAAAUCGGCCGAUUUUUCUGCAAAUUUUGACUUUACUCCCGCGAAAAUCACUCGAACUGGGCCGAUUUUUUAGCGAAUUUUGACUUUUUUCCCGCGAAAAUCCCGCGAAAUCGGCCGAUUUUUCCGCGAAUUUGCCCCUGAAAAUCCCGCGAAACUUUGCUUUUUUUUCCGCGAAAUAUCAGAAGCCCUGAUAUUGGUAAUAACGACCUGCAUGUUUACAAACCAGUUAGGUCAUGGUGAUUGCCAAUUUAUAUGCAAUGUCCCUUAACAAUCUGCUUCUCUGGGUACUCUCCUCCCUACAAUCUUACCCUGUAUAUGUUACAGGUCAAAAUUAAAUGUUUUCAGUAAACAUUUUUAACCUAGGUUGACUCUCAAUUUCCUUUGUCUCCCAGCCCUAAUUCAUGAGGGAGACAAGCAAAAUUGAGAAUCAACCCAGGUCUGAAUUUAACUGUGAUAUAUAACAUUCAAUGAUGAUACUCCAUUCCCUCUUUGUAAGUCUGGGGUUACUGGCACAGAAAAAGUAUGCCCAUGGGCCUUUGAGUUCAAUACAUUCUCUGCAAAAAGAACAUUAUACAUGGUUAUAAGGCUCUCAUGGGAGAGGCCCAAGUUGCCCAUGCCAUCACUAUUUUUAGGCCAAACUGAAGCCUGCGGGGGAGAGAAAAAUUAUUUUAAUUUGAGGUCAGACCUCCCUCUGAUAGUAGGUAUUAGAUGAGUUGGCCUGGUCCCCCCCUUUCUUGUAGAUCUGAAUCUGCCUGUGCUACUCAUAUUCGCUGUUCAUGAGUGCCUAAAGUUGUCAUUGUUCUCAAGGAAAGAGUUGGGCAGAAUAUGGGCCUUUUUGUCAUUUACUGUUCAUUAUUUCAACAACAAUAAUUGAGCUGUUUUUAUCUGCUUAUUUUCUACUUUGAGAAAUUCUGAACUGGAAUCUGACGUCUGCCGUAUACGUGAUUCUUAAACUCCCUAUUGUUAGCCAUUUAUUUAAGUUUUCUAACAGUUUAUUCAUUUACUGUCUACUUUAGGAUAGUAUUGAAUUGAUUGACUCUUCAUCUGCUGGGUUGCCAUCAACUCUAGAAAAACUGACAGUUCCAGCUGAUACUGACCUGUUUUCUGAAGCCUCUAAAUCCAAAGGCUUAUCUCCUUCAACACUUUCUCAAGAUGUCAAUAACCCUGAUAAAGUGGAGCUUAGAUUUGAUCUGAUAGAGCACUUGAACCUUGGCGAUUUUCUCCAGCGUACUAAUGAGGUUACUGUCUCGCCAGUAUUUCCACCCACCCUUAGUGACAGUGACAACAGUGAUUCUGAAGGCAGUGGCAACAGCUUAAUGGAAGAGCUUAUAAGACUCAGUAGAAAGCAACAGAAGGACGCUGCUCCUGAACCCAACAGUCCCAUUGAUCACCUAUCACCACACAGUUUGGAAAGUGCUGUCCACAAGAUGCAUGAUGUUAGUGUGAUGAGUAGUCCAUCUGUAGCCUCUGUGGGAGUCACAGCAUUGUUAGAUCCUUCCACUCAAAGCAGAUCUAAUGACACUGUGUUCCUGGACUUAAGAAGCCUUGAGGAAGAUACUUCUUCACAGGUAGUGAUCAUGACUUUAAAGUUUUAAAAGGAAAGUCGCCGCCCACUUUCUUGCAAGCUCCGCUUAGAUUGAAUCAAAUUUUUAUGACUGUAUAUAAACUCAUGUAAAUAUUUCUUGUUAUAACAGAUGUAAAUUUUUUUUGCCCCAUUGUAAGUUUAUUAUUGUAUAUUUGUUAUUAUUGUAUAUUAUGACACAAUAGCCCCAUAUAGAGGAGUCGUAAUACAGUGUAUGUAUGUAUGUAAUAAUUUUAUAACUUGAUAGUUGUGCAAUGCUAUUUGUUAUGGAGUUUUGCUGGUUAAGUGACAAGGAUAAAAACUUUUAGAUUUGUGUUACGUUUUCAGACCAAGUUUUGUGCUGUACAUACCGGUAAUCUUUUGUCAUGCUAAACUUAUACAGAUAGUAGGGAGUUGCCUGAAGUAAAAAGGGCAAAAAAAGAAAAUGAAAUCAAGCGAGGCAAAGAGAGAAGAGGAGGGAGCAACCCUUACUGUUCUCCCCAGUUCUUCCUCCCCUCUUUGUUUCUUUCUUUAUGUCACACCCCUCCCUAGUAUCUGAAACCAAACAUAGUUAAGCCCAUCCAGACUGAACAUAUUGUACUUGUGAAAUGGAACAGUCUGUAGUGGUCUGUAUCAAAAGUUAAUGAAUGCCAGAUAUAAGCUCAGGAAAGUUUAUAUCAAAAGCGAAUUUUACUCUUAAAUAAUUCAUGAACACAGUUGAUUGUGUAGCGGUUUACAAACCUUUACAAGUUACCAAAUACUAUAAAUAUUGAUUGGUCAUAUUUUUUAUUAAUGAGUAAAUUGAAUUUUACAAGUAUAGAUGAAAAUAAUAUACCAAGCAUUGAAGCUUUCAGCUGCCUAGCACUGUCUUCUUCAGUACGCAAGCUACAGCUAAGAAUAAGAUCUAGCUGAAGUUGGAUCUUUCUGUAUUUGAUUUACAGUCUUGGUAAAAAUGUGUGUGAACAUUAGGUUUCACCUAAAAACGGGCCAUCUGUGAUCUGACCAUAUAUUUUUCUCAUAAAUUAAUAACUGUUUAUUAAUCUUUUUUUCAUAAAGAGUCACCAGACAUUACCAUCUUCAAUAUGCAGGAUACUAGGUAUCAGCAAUGAUUCCACCAAGUAAGUAACAUACUUUGUUUUUCCAGUUUUAAUUUUUGAGAGUAGAAGGAUCCAAUUUGUUCCCUGGAAAUUUCAAGAUUGCGUUUUCUCAAGCAAUUCCAUUUUCCGCCCUAGGGAUGUCAUUUCUUUAUUUGUUCAGCAGGUUCUUUAAUCAAAAAGAGUGGUCAUUGGUUGCAUUGAUUUUUGUAAAGUCUUGCUUGCUAUUAAGGAUUGUUUGGGUUUAGUUAGAGCUAUGUCUUUGAAAUAAGCUGCACUAUUAAGGUAGUUUCAGCUAAUAACAUAAUCUUGACUUUUAUUUCAUUUUCAGUUUGUCAAGCAGCUCCGAUGAGGAAGAAGACCUUCAACAUUGGCAGGAUCAGAGGCGAAGGGCAAAAGAGGCUUCUUUGUCUUGUGCAAGGCAGAAAGAGAGGCACACAAAAAAUUCUGCAGUUCAGCAUCAAAAUGUGGUUGACCAAAGGAAACCGGCCAACAAUGAGAUUUUUGAAAGAUUUCGUAUGAAAAAUGUGCAGCCAAUUUCUGACAAAAGGACUGUUCAUGUGGUUGUUGAAAAUGAAAAGAAGGUGCUGGAGCUUGGAACAUCACAGAAGUCAGAAAAUGUAGAUAUUAAUUUGUCAAAGACAUGUGGAGUGUCAAAAGAUGAAAUAGUUCAUGGCACAAAGCAGGCUUGGGUGGAUAAGUCAGAUCUUAAAAAUGACAAACUGCAUGUAGACAAUGCAAUUGUAGACAAGAAAGCGCCAAAAAAUGAUCUUGUUCAUGUUGAGGAACAGACUCCUUCACCUUUCACAAAAAACGAAAAUAGGGUGACGGUUGAUAGCAAGGUUAGUCCGAGUCAGAGAAAUGAUUUGAGGACUAUCAAUGACAUUGUCAGGAAGGAUCUGAGCUCAUCAAAGACUCAUGAGUUAAGGAAGGCCAAUGUUACACAUAAACAAGUACUUACAGAAGAGGAGAAGUCGAAAAGGCAGAGACUUCUAAGGAGUCUCCAGAACUUAAAACCUCAGAGAUCUUCCCAUGGGCACCACCCAGCUGCUCCUUUAACACCUGUUCUCUUCCAUGAGGUAUUGUAAAUGACUGAUCAGAAUCUAAUUCAACCACCAAUUUUUGCUUUUCACGUUCUAGUUGUGCUGGGGCGGCAUAGAGAUUAUUUUACAAAAAACUUUGAUCCACGUGCACGAGUCCACGAGUUGUUGUUUUGCUUCAUAAACCUACUGAGUUUUAAGCGUUCCUGUUACUAUCGCCAUCAUAGUUUCGUAAAGUCCCUGAUGACUUGGUUAGGAGGGAGUCACUUUUGACAAAACCCAGGGGCUAUUCCUGGGAAUUCUUGGUGGGGUUGUGCCGCCCCGUUCUUCAAAUACUACCCUACUUCAGACAAAAAAAUGUCAUUUUCCACAUCCGUUUUCAGGCCCAGCGUCUUAAAUCCAUACCCGUUUUCAGACCUGGUAUAGGUAGAAACUAAGUCAUCAUUCUUUGACCAGAGCUCAAUCAAAAAGGAUUCAUUAAAAUCCAUUCCGAAUUCACAUAUUACUCUUUCUUUAUGAUUCAUUUGGAAUUGAACCGAUAAAUACGUUUAUACACUUCCGUAGUUUCCUCGAAAGCCAUACCCAUUUCCAGACCAAAAUGUGCUAAUUUAUAUCCGUUUUCAGACGGAAACGUCGCAAAAACCAUACCCUUUGGGGCGGCACAUACCUGUAUGGCUUAUAUAGUGGGGACUUCCGGGGGAAUUUUCAGAUGAAGAUGUCUGAGAUGUACCCUAAUGAGAACAAACCAAAUACUAUCAUGUGUCUCUAACGCACUACUAAUCAUGACAGCUAUAAUUCAAUAAACGUUGCUUUGGCAAUAGGUCAUUGGCCAUUGGGCUUUAAGCAUUGGGCAGAUAGAAUUCACUGCAAUGACCUGCUUACAAUGUACAUCAGGGUUCGUACGCGUCUUGAAAACCCUUGAAAACCCUUGAAUUUCAGGAGUCCAAUUUCAAGGCCUUGAAAGUACUUGAAUUUCGUUUUCGGUCCUUGAAAGUUCUUGAGUUUUUAUUGAACAAGUUCGAAAAUGUUCUGCACUAUCUGUAAACCCAAAACGUAGAUGUUAACACAAACCCUUUUCUUGGUUUUGAGGUAAAAUUGUCAUUAAAAAAGUCCUUGAAAGUCCUUGAAUUUUUGGCCUGAAAAAGUGUACGAACCCUGGUACAUGUAAGAGACCACCAAACAAUAGCUUCGCAGUGCGCAAUUCCCAAUGCCCAAAGCAGCCUUCAUUGAAUCAGUAUGGUUGAAUCCAUCAAGAUCCCUUUCAAUCAGUAAUAUUUGCACCGUCAUUCUCUGUUCUCAGGAAGCCUCAUACGAGAGGGAUGUUAUCAGUUUACGAGAUUAUGACGCAAAUACUUCUUAUCUGCUGUUAAGCACCAAACUAUCAAGCUGCGGAGAGCUGUCUGUCAUCCGGCAGGGAACAAGAGGAGCGACUACUCCGGAUACAGACUGCUUCUCACACCUUGUAACCUUUCUGGCCUGUUUAGUAACUCCCAGUGUGAACACUACAGAUUAUGCUGAGGUGUGUGGUGCACCCUUCUAUGUCGUAGGCUUCCAGCAAAGCUGGCAUGAAGGGCAGCUCAAGAUUGACAUUGGGAUUUGCAGUCGUGCUGAGAUAGGGGAAAACCAAAAGAAAUCCAAAGCAAACAACUCUUUUAGACAGGCUGUUAGCAAGUUUCUCUCUACCAAUUCACUACACACUGUCUUUGCUCGCUUUUCUGAAUUCACGCCCAUUCCCGAAUACCUCACAGAGAUAAUGACAAGCAAGAGGAAUUUAUCCACCCUGCUAACUGUGAACUCGGACCCCGAGGCCAUGCACCGUGUGUUUGGAGCUAAGCCCGGAUUCUUCUGGCAGACAAUGGAGUUGGAUGAUUACCCGACUGAAGAGAAAACCGGAGGUAAAAUUUGCGAGGGACCCGAGAUUCAGAACACGGUGAUGCUGCUACAGCAUGCGGUGUUUCAUUCGCCGUUCUGUUUGGUUGAUGUGCUGAUGCGCGCACGCAGCAAGGCUUUGGAUAUUUCUGGUCUAAGGCUGGCUUACCACAGAGAAUAUCCCAAGGAAAAAUCAGGUAUUAAUAGACUGUAGAUUUUGUCUUUGCGUGCGCCAUAUUUUCUCGAUUAAACCGACUUAGACUGCUUUCCAUUCAGCAAAUGUUGAAGGAAAUUAUUGCGUAUUCAGACGUUCUUUUUGCCGUCGCCGUCGUCGUUGCUAAAGCAAAGGAAGGCCAGUUUCAAAUAAAUUAGAAAUAAACCUUAGAUUAAAAUAUACGGUAGAUAUUUCAUGGAAGCGAUCCCUUGUUUGCAGUUGAUCAGCCUCUGGAACGACGCAUUUUUCGUAGAUCUUUGUUUGUGACAGCGAGUUUCUUAUGACCUGGAAUUGAUUUUUGCCUGAACAAGUCCAAAACAAUCAUACUGUAAGUAAGCGAUUAAAUAUAUUAGCGAACAGAGGAUAAGAGAAACUUUAAUAAAGUUCAGAUAUAACAGGCACUCUUAUGGGUUGAAAAAGUGUGCUUUAUGUGAGUGUAAAACACGGAGCUAAAGUUUGUUUUGAAAAUAAGAACGUAAUGCCUGGAGAAUUUAACGGAUUCUUUAUCAUGAAGCAAAUAAAGAAGCCUUGACUGUGCUCUGUUGUGUUGUAAAGCACUUAAAAAGCGGCGUAAGCACUCAAGAAGUAGAGAGAAACAUUCGACGACUUCUCGUGUUUCUCCCACACUUCUCUCGUCCUCUAGUCGGUUCCUGCGUGCUUUGCAACACAACGAGCACAAUCAAUAAGUUAAUUAAGGGCUGUUUUUGUUUUCACAGCGAAUGAGUCUCCACUUCCGAUCUCAUUGCUACCUGAACAAACGCCAGCCGAGAUUUCCGUCUUGGUGAUUGCACUUCGUGGUCCCCAUGCCAUCUCAAGGUGGCAGGACGAGGUAGGUCCUGUGGAUGCUAAACUCGCACAACGAACGGACCCCAACUCAUUACGAGCCCUGUACAGCAACGGAGCAAAGGCAGACCACUUAUUUUGGUGCCCAAGAAAUUCGCAGAGUGCGGGGACCUCUCUAGCACGAUGGUUUGGAGGUCGGGUCCCGGAAAGUGGUGUUGUAAACAUCGGGUCUAAUGACCUUUUGGAGGUGCAUGAUCAGAAAAAUAAAGUUUCGCCUAGUGGAAAGGGACGGAAUGCUGCCAAAGCCCAGGAACUUCUUACGAGUUCCCUUUACACCACUUGCAGACCGCCACCGCACUUUUUGACCUCAGUCAUUGACACAAGCAUUUUCUUCGUCCUUUCACCGGCUGUUCCCAUUAGGUAUCUAGGAAAGGUGCUCUGCAUGUGCUUUGAAAAAGGCUUUAGUCCUCAAGGUAUUAAGCGCUUGCGACUAAAUCCCAAUCACUUUGGCGGAUUGGGUCUUGCGCCUGAAGUUUUAUCCACGUUUUGUCCCAGACGUGAAAAGCAAUCGAAUGGCGUCUCAAAGACACCUUUCCCAGUGUCUUCUACAAUUCUCUUACUCAGACGUGAAAACGCAAUUCAUCAUCCCAUAUCAGUUCUUAAACCACUUGCAGACUCCAUCGGAUUGCCUCAGUCGAGUUUUCUCUGCGUGCCUUAUACUGACUCCAUGUUCAAACACCUUGGCGGUGAUUUUUCUCAUUCUCCGGACCCAGCUGCCUACCCUGUGGAUCUUCUGAGGCAUGCGUUUCACUCAAAUCCUGAACUAGAGCAAGUCUGCGUUGUAACGCUGUUGAAGGAGAAAGCUACCAUCUCUGCUGGAGAGGUUCUUAGUGAGCUUCUUCUAGAAAGAGAAGGGGUAGAGACAACGAAAGAAAAGUUGUCUUCCAGUUGUGGAUUUGAACUUUUAGGUCUCAAACUUCUCCCUUCGCUAUCCAUGCAUCAGGCUAAAGAGUUUACCCCCUGUAAGAUUGGUGAUGCGUUGUGGAAAAGAAGCCUCCAAAGCCUCACAUCGGGCCCUGCACUGGUCUUAGCUCUGAGAGGAGUCGAUGCUUUUGUGCGACUGCAACGCUUUGUAAAAUCGCAUUCAGAUCUGACCAAAGCAAAACUUUCUAAAGAAAUCAUUUCCCAGGAAAUGCUCAUGUCCUGCACGCCUGAACUGGCUUGCCGGCAGCUGUCAGUCGUUUUCUUUGACAGGGAAUUGUUCUCCGACCAAUCAGCGCGUAGGAACCUUCACCUCCUGCCCCCACCCCGGAGAGUAGUUAGAAGUGGUUCUAGUGGUAGCAGUGAGUCCCUGAAUGAAGCAGACGGUUCUAGGAAACAGAGAAACCGAAGAAUGGGUCUCAGCAAUUUACCAUUGAAGGCCUCUUUUGGCAGUGUGGAGACGCUAAGAUAUGAGGAUAUGCCAGUACUCCAGAGCUUGCUGGAAAAACCCCGCGUUAUACCCACAGUAUGUAUUCUGAAGCCAGGCAUCGCGUGUAAGCAUCUUGGCAAAGUGCUCAAACGCCUUGGUCAGGAGGGAUUCUCCGUGGCUGGCAUGAAGAUGAUGAUCCUGUCGUCUGUAGACGCAUCCACUUUGAUGGCUAAUCAGGUGAGAAUGGACUGACAAACUUUCCUCUUAUUUCUAUACGAAACAUCACCAGGAGUGGGCGAUUUCUCUGCAAACCAAUUUUAUAAGCGUUAUGGAGUUAGUUUCUUGUUCCUUAAGCAAUUUAGUUGACCCUUGUGACAUUGAAAACUUAGAUACAAGGAAAGGAAAACUGUAUAAAGAUGUAACAUGUUCUAGUCGUCACUCGUUUAGGAAUGGAGUGAAAGCUCAACUGAACUACACUGUCAGUCAAACUAAAGAGACUUCUCAAAACACGAAGUACACGAGGGCUUUGUACGAGCACACGUACUACACCUUACCUCCCCCCCACCUUCCCCAAUGUUGGUUCCACAAGAGUAUUUGGGCUUCAACUUCUUGAAAAUCAACGUUGAAUGAGACAGAUGGGAAGAAAUCAGCAAGCUUUAUCACAUUUUGUAUUUAGAUUUUGGCUUAUUUUUUCGACAGUUGCAAAAGAUCGGAAAUUUUGGCCAUAUGGAUCUCACCAUAGAUCACCAGAGUUUAUGUUUCCGUUUAAUCGAACAUUUACUGCUCUACCAAAACAUUGCAACCUCGUCCCCAGGGCUACUCGGCUGCCCUCCCCUUGUCUGGUGAUUAUUCUGUACUAGUGACGUCAUUUUCGGAAUAUCGCAAACGUCUUCCAAAUUUGGUCAAGCUAUCAGAUUAUGAAGAAUGCGCCGUGGGAUGUGAGCCAAUCAGAAACGAAAUAUUUUGAAUGGACAAUAAUUUACCUCCUUAUUCUCUCGUCCUUUUCACUGAAUUACAUGAUGUGACAUUGCAGGAGAAAGACCUUCAGCGUCAUGUAAGUUACAUGACUUCCGGUCCUGUCUUGGCGCUCUGUCUUCAGCGUGAAAACGCUGUGGGGCGUCUUCAAAAGGUACUGGGACCCAGUGAUGCUCGUCUGGCCAAGCGACAGUCCCAAUUCUUUCUACGAGGUUCAUUUGGAGAGGAUUCUGUUCGAAAUGCCUUUUACGGUACGUGACAGAAAAUGGGGAAAAUCUUAGGCUGAUUUUUCUUGGCUAAAAGAUUUAAUAGUGAGCUUAAGCAAAGACGUCAACCGGAAGUGGUCUUUUUUUCAUUUUUGGACGGUGGUUUGGCCCAAAUGUUUGGACAAAUCGUCUCUUUAGUAGUAAAGACACUUAGAAAUACAAAUUUGGUAGCGUCAAGGUGCUUUAAAAUGAAAAAGACCUCACUUCCGGUUGACGUGCGUCGCUCAAAAACGCCUUUGUUUAAGCUCUGUAUUAUCUGUUUCUGUCACCUUUUGUCACGCAUAGAGUCUUAUUUCUCUCUUCAGUAAUAUUCAGAAGCUACAAUCUUUGACAAAAAGUGUUAAAAAUUUUACCCUUUGUUACCCGGAGGGCCUCCAUCCCGCGGAAUUUGUCUCGUAACGACCCGUUCCCCCACCCCACCUUGGUCAAUGUUGUUCAGUUGGUUGGGGGAGAAUAAUCCAGGGGGACUUUGUUUCUUUCGCAAGGGUAGGGGGGGGGGGAUUAGAAUUUGUAAUUGCCAGUGACUACAUGGCAACCUCCAUUCUUUUUAACAUAUUUGUUCAAGAUUGUACCUUUAUCCGGCAAUCUUUGUUGUACUUGAAAUGAUAGCCAGUCUUUCACCUGGUAUUUGAUUCGCUCGACCUCAGCCUUGCUUUAAAAUACUAAAACCUCUAAAACAAAACAACAACAACAAAAGAAACUAAAAUAGGAGUUUCCGAAUCUUGAAUGCACUUGUUUACCAGUCUACUCAACAUAUUUGAAGGUUUUUUCAUACUCAUAAUUUCUUACACGGUCACUUUAUCUCAGGAUCUGCUACAUACGAGGAAGCUAUCAGAGAUGUGAAGCUUCUGUUUGCUGAAGGCAUUUGCUGUCCACCUUCCAUCGACCUCAAGGCGGAAGAGGUAUGUCAGUAAGAAAAAACGAAAAAAAAUUCAACAAAAAGGUUUGAAAGCAGCAACUCCGUGAUUUUCGCGCUAUGGCCAGUACCUGCGCAUGCGCACAGCUAUAUCACAGUGGAAGAGUGGGACUCAUACCGUAGAGCUGGUGUAGGGUGUGUUCUUCUUGCUGGAUUUUGCUUUUAUGUCGGUCAGCCAAUUCGCUUCAAUUAGGCGCAAUCGCUGUCUAGUAUCUUAGCUGUUUUUAUUGAUCAGGUUAUAAGUACUCUCCAAUACCUUUUUACGUUAACAUUAGCCAAACAGAUUGUACAUCAGCAAAUCGUGUCAGCUGUUGUGUAUUCAGUAGAAGAAGAAAAUAGUUACAGGAAGCCAAAUAUAUUGUCACGGAUUGUGCACACAAAAAUUCCCAUGUCGGUAUAGUUCGCAGCAUAAAAGCCACAAUAAACUAGGAUUACUUUUACAUUUCAUGCGUGUUCAACGGUUUUAAUUUCGGCCUCUAGAUCCCAUGCCUCGCACUGGACGAUAUUUUCAGCGUCACAGCCAAAAGAGAGCUGGUGGAGCUAACCGCUGAAGAACAAGCCAAAGUCGAUACUGGCCCAGGAAUGACGUUAUUGCCAAGUUCCUUGCUCGAGAUCAACUGUUUAUUAUUACUGCCGCAAAUGCUCGAUUGCCGAGCUCAGCAUAGCAGUCGGCGGGGAGCUAGUAUCAGCUAUGCAGAGAUCAUAGAAGCGCUACUUACCGCUGGCUUUCAUUUCAUUGGGCUCAGAUGUCUGCUGCUUGGAGUGGCCGAGGCCGCAGAUUGUGCGAAGUUGUACAGCGGUUGUUUGCCUGCUGGUUGGAAAGCUCACCACCUGGUAAGGGCGUAGCCUGUUGUGUUCAUCUCAGUGAAGUGCCUUGGUGUUUAAGUAAUCUAGGUUGUAUGCAUACCGCUAAUAGGCAGAUUUAGCAAAGAUAACACGACGGCAGUGACAACGGCGCGCGCAAAUAUAAUCAAACAACUGGCUUGACCAAUUGCAGAGCCGCCAAUUGGGCACCGACUUUAGAAAAGAGAAAGGGACUGGAGCCGAAAUGUGUCCCGCAAUUGGCCAAUUUUUCCCAUGUCCCUAGUAACAGUCCCCGAUGCCUUUGCGAAACUUAACUCGGUCCAGGUUCCUUCAAUUUUGUGGCGAAUAGGCCACUUCUGAGUUCCAAAAACCCUCACUUUCAAAAUGAGGCCAAGUGCACAACUUUUCCAUGUCUAAGGCUGUGCGUCACAGUAACCUGCUAGAUACAGUAAUCGGUGCUUUUGUCUUUAUAACAUGUCUGGCAAUUGUCUGUGCCUGGGUUUUUGCUUCACUUGUACUUGCGUUGGUAGAUAUAAAACAAGGCUUUACUAGUUGCAGUUCAUUGUAGUUAAGAAUUAGUGAGCUCUCGGUGACGGACGGGUUUGAUUUCUCAGUCACACUAAUUCACCUUCCAUUUAAUGACAGGUGAAUGUUGUGUGAUCGCAGAAGUCAAGUCACUAAACAUAAUCUUCAAUCAAAGCACUGCAUUUUUAGAAGUUGUUUUUUGUCAAGGAACCUGUGAGAAAAUUAAUUGGGAAAACGUUAACAAAUUCAUCACUAUUGGCACUUUUUAGGGAAUUUCAGACCAUAACGGAUCAGUCACAUAUUAUAGCUGCUUUGGGUCGGUUAGCUUCACAUCGAGUGAAGCCAGAUUGGACACCUUAUGAAUUUUACACAACGCAUUAUUUUCAUAAUGGAACGAGACUGGAAUGUAGAAUGAGGCUAGAAUAGCUGAAGAAACCAAAACUACAGAGCGCCAGUUAUGGAGAGAACACAGUGAUCUGCAGUGAUUAGGGUUAAGCACUGAACUGAAAACGGUUAGCUUUCAAAUAUUGUAAUGGGGUACGGCAUAUAUAAGAACAUGUAAAUUUUAAAAAUUACUGGAUUUGGCAGCUAGUCCUCGAUGGUGUAGUGGAUAUGGAUGUAGGCUAUAAAGCAAGUGACCCGGGUUCAAAGCAUCACAGUGGAGUUUUUCUACUUCACUUUUAUAUUACACAGUAAAGUUGGACUUAAGUUGUUCUUCAUGUAAUUUUACUGAAAGAAACAAGCUGACUUCAGCCGAUGUUACCUAAUGCUAACCCUUUGGAUCAGUACAGCUUUUUAUAGAGUGUUUUCACAUGACGUCACGGUGGCCAUAUUGGUGUCCCAAAACAAUGAAACGGCGGUCAUGUUGGUGUCCCAAACCAGUCCCGUGAGAGUUGAACUCUUUUCUUAUGCAAACGCUUUCCUUUGUUCCAAUAAAUUUGCAUAGAUGCUGGCCAUGUGAAUGAAAACGCUCUAUAGAUGGACAGCCUUUUUCGUUCGGUAAUCACGUGAUAGACUCGUGACGGUACGACCGUACGUGCACAGACUCUGGGAGAUGGGAAGGGGAAGAAGGAGCCUCUGGACAGGAGGGGAGGGGAGCCCCAGGCAUGAAACCUGAACAUCAAAAUGAGUACUUGAAACCGUAGGAAAUCACAAGAAGAAGCACAGAAAAGUCAAAAAAUAGCAAGGAUAGGCAAACUUAAGAAGUUAAAAACUGAUUAUUUCCAGAUAAACUUUAAAAACAGUGAACCAACUUUUUUCAACGGGGAGCAUAAGCAAAGACGUUUUUGAGCGACGCACGUCGAUCAACCGGAAGUGGACUUUUGCCAUUCAUGGUUUUGCCCAUAAAUUGCGUUCGGCAAAUCGUCUCUGUAAGAGUAAGGACACUUAGUAAUACAAAGUUAUUAGCGUCACGGGAUAUUUAAAAACUUAAAAUGCAUCACUUCCGGUAGACGUGCUGCACUCAAAAACGCCUUUACUUUAAUCAGCCCUCUUAUAAAAGACGUUUCUCUUUUAAAACCAUUUGUAGUUUAAAGCUCGCAGAUAAAAAAAAUAUAAUUAGGUAAAGCAUUGAAAAUACCAUCACCCAACCCGUUUAAAGGCCUUGUUUCGCUGCUCAAUGACUUGACAAACUAUACCGCCUGUUAAUAUUGAGGUUACUCUUGUGUGCACGCAUAUUUGCCAUCUCGGAAGUUACUUUCCUCGUUAACCUGAAGCAUUCGCUGUUACUUCCUGCCACAGACAAUAUGAAUUCUGCAGUUCAGCAUCGUUGUAGUGCAGUACUACUUAUUGUAAGACACGUCAAUACCCAUAUGGAUUUUACAGCAAUGGAAAUGGCGCUAUAGAAAUAACUGUUAUUAUUAUUUUUAUUAUUAGUCGUUCAUCACUCCAGUAUAUUUAUAUAUUUAUUUAUUUUAAAAUGCUAAGUUAGCUCUCAGUUAGGCGAUAGAGUGAUUUUCGUAUUUCCUUGAAAAAUGGUUUCGGUAAGUGUUUGUUAUUUGUUUUAUCAGCCAAUGGAUGAAAAGAACAAAACAUGGAUUCUUCGUUUUCCCGCCUAAGAAAACCCUAAUAUGGAGAAGGCAUUGUUCGAUUGACCAAUCGUGUUAUAGUAUGACGUCAAAGCGAUUUCUAGAAAGUUCUUCGGGCAUGAAGUUUUUUCAGCCGAGCGUUCGCUUAACGAACCAAAAGCCAGGUGUGUUUGUAUCCGUUCGAUAAACCAAUCAAAUCGCUUUAUUUCCGUUCGCUUGUUGUUUCUGUUUUGUUCGCGAGUUUUCAUUUCGAAAAUCGCUCUAGCUCUGAAGAUGAUAGAGACACUCAAAACGUGGUCACAAGUGAGGCCUCAGAUCUUUCUGCAGAAAACAGUGGAAAAUUCCUCUAAAAUCAGCUCGAAACUGUAACAGAUAUAACUGUGAUUGAUCAUUCCCGCCAUUGAUUGAUGCAUAUUUGUAGGGGGAGAUUAUUUAGUGUAUUGUAACCACGCCAAACUUCUGAGUUAUCAUCAAUUUUUCUUGAUAUCUUGGUGAUCUGCUGUAAUUUGCGUUGCUACUCUUGCUUUUAUAUUUCUUUCUCUUUUUUCUUUUCAAAGUAUGACUUUUUUAACAGUGUUGUAAUUACGUUUACAAUAAUAUCUCUAUUUUUUAAAAAAAAUUUAGGCUGCUCAGCUUUCCAAGACGUCUUGUAUUGUCAUGGCUGUGUUGCGUGACGGUGCUGUCACAUGUUAUGAUACACUGUGUGACAGGUGAGUGCAUACAAUUCGUCGAAUCUAUAUAAUAAAAAGAGGGAGGAACAUACUAAGGCAGGGUAACUGUGAUUUAAAAUGUAAUAUUAAUUUGUUAACGUAGUAUAAGCACUCAGGAGAUCUUAAGAAUUAGAAGCUUUUGUCCGUUCAAGAUCGAUGGAAGGGUUGGUUCAUGGUUUAUUAAGUAGUGCGCACGCGUGAAGCGUCAUUUUGGCGGGAAAAGUGGUAGCCGUCGGCAUUCUACUACGGGUUUCGGAACUAAGUUAUCAAAUUUUAGAAGUUCUCGUUUAAUAAAAAUAACCGCGCAACUGCAACAACAACAUCAACAACAACAAACAAAAGAAGUAAACAGAGACUUAAUAAACUUAACACUUUUACUAAAACACGCCUUAUUUUUAUUAUAAUUGCAGCUCUCCAAAAUUGAAAAAGUCCGGAAAUUACAUGUUGGCAGGGAGGACGCUUAAAGAGGUAAUCUUAAAAGUUCCAGAUGACCAACUUCCAUCGGUGCUUGCUCUCACCUGCUGUCAGAGUUUCUUCCUUUUUUUGCGAGAGAAGUGCGAAUGCCCGUUGUGUUUGUAUUCAUUUGUUAUGAGCAACUGAUGUUACAAAUUGGUAUGAGGGACCAACUGAAGAAUACUAUAAUGUUACAAAGGAAAGGGCUAGUCGGAGAGGCUACUGAAAGGACUGACAUACUAGAUGGUUACCAUGAGCAGAGCAUGAUACAUCACUGCGGGUCCAGGACUGGGAAAGGCAUCUAAAUCUUUUUACUUAAAAGAAUAACGAGAAUGUUCAAAGUUACAUACAUACAUACAUAAGUAUUUUAUUGGCUUGUCCCACAGGGCUUUUCAGAGUCAAUGUUACAAUAAUAAUUUAAAGAAACACAGUCACACAGAAAGCUAAAACCACGAAAAAUAAUUAACUAAACUAGGAGACGUCGGAAGUAGUUUCUUGAUCAGUGAGCGGGAAUAAUUCUUUAGAUUGUCAGUUCGACGUUCAUGGAGAUGUAUAUUCCGAACAGUCUCUCAGCAGUAUACUCUCUCGUCGGUUGGCGGUUGGUUGCGUAUUAAUCUCGGACUUCCGUUAAUACCUUAUAGUGGGAGGUAUUUAAAGUUUCACUAUACAACUUCACCAAAUACUGUAAAAUCCUUCCGCCCUUAUAUUGUAUGAUACUGGUGCGAUUCGUUAAUGCGACGUUUGAAUUUGUGAACGAAAUUCUAUGGUGCUCAGUACGUACCAUUUAAAUGAAACUUUUCGGUAGAACUUCGGUAUAGUGCUAUUUUUUCGAAGAGCUUCUCAGGAUGUUACAAAACAAAUUUUAGUUGUGAUUUUUUUAACAUUUUGGCCAAUGUUAAAAGAGGAAGGGUUAAACAGACAGAUAAGAGGUUUGGACUUCCCGCCCCCCACCCAUUAAAAUAGGGAACAUUAUAAAAAGGUGUCCAUAUCACAGAGGCAUCCGCUAGAAAAGUUUCAAUUACCCUAAAAUACAGCGGUAUCAGUGGGUGUGUCGCUCAUUAGACAACCUACGUUCCCGUUGUUUGAUUUUCAGCAGCUGUGAAACUUUUUAGGGGUAUUUGUUGGCUUCUUGCCUUUUUAAGGCGUUACGUUCUAUGAAUUGUUCUAUGAAUUACUACUCAAGUAAAAUUCCAUUCGUUCUUUAGCUAUUAUUGUUUUUGUAUACUCAAACGGAUAAAAUUUCGUAUUUACCAGACCGAGAUAGAAAAAUUUCAUCUGAAACACAGCUGCACUGUUGUCAAUUUAGGAAACAUUUGAAAUUCCUAUGAAAGGCACUUUUUUGCGUUGAAACAUUCUGCAAAGUUUCCUUUAUAUUUCUCCUUCUCUAUAGGGUAUAACCACUUGAGACUGUUUUUGUUUUUCGACAAAAUUUAAAAGUUCUCCACAAAAAGGCCUUUUAUCUCUGAAGUCUCGGAAAAUGUGUUGUGGAAAAUAGAUAAAGGUUUUAACAUGGAUACCUUUUUUAGCCUGCUAGCCAAUAUUAUAGACAGCAAAAUCUUUUCUCGCUUCACCCGAUAGGUUUUGCCGAGCGUAGCAACUUUUUAAAUGGGCGUCUUAGGUUACUUACACUACGUGAGGUAUUUUAACCCAUAACUUACUGUCAGACUUGGCUUCAUCAAUUUAAUUUUCGUAUAUCAUUGAUUGCGUGUAAAGUUUCCACCUUACGUUUUCGAGCCGUCCUUCCCUUUCAACAUCUUUCUGAAUGGGUGUUUUAAAUAAUGCUUUUUUUCUAACCUAGACUUUUCUUUGAUAGCCUUAAUUUCGUCGAUGAGGAUGCGUCUUUCUACGUCUUCUUUAGUGUGGUCAUAUUCUCACCUAUACGGAACACCCUAUUUCUGAUCCAGAAACUGAAAUUACUCUCUCUAGUAAAAAAAAUCGUGUUGAAGCAUUCUAAUGGCUUUGAUGAAAGGAAUUGGCAACAACUUUUUUUUACAUGUCCAUAUUUACUGUGGAAUGCAACCAAUUAAACGCACCCUUAUUUGAAUCGCGAGAUAUGCCAAUAAAUACUGCGCCUUUGAUUAGAACAAGUUAAAUAUGAUGGCUCUAACCUAUGCGUUCUUUUUUUUUUUCACAGGCUGAGCGAAUGACAGAAUGCUUUUUCGAGAUGUUAAUUCCCAACCGAAAAGCGCGGAUAACAUGAAAUCUUCUUUGAUUUCCUCCGCGACCCAAAGAAUGUUGCAGAAUCCAGGGAAUCUUUCUGAACUGACGGGCAGCGAUAGGAAAGGGCACCGGAACAUCGGAAGUACAAUUGUCACUGGGUGAAAUUAGGCGUUGGAAAAUUUUCCGACAUUUACUUGACCGACGAAGCCGCUAAAGAUAUCCUCGCCGGAUUACUUCACCUACGCGCUUUCAUUUUGAUAGCGACUUAAGGACAUUUCCGAAAGUUGUAAAUCCUAUUAUCUCAGUUACCGAGGAGAAUGUUAGCGCGGUUUCCCUAUUGCUUUUUCCAGAGUUUAGCCUUCAGUCGUGUUAUUUCAGCACUGACUGCUAUAAACUCCGCGCAAUUGAAAUAGCUUUUUAAAGGGCGGGAUGCCAGUGAAUUUCCCCCCUCUUAACUAAAUGAGUGGAUCGAAAGAGUAGCGAAGCCGCAUUGUCUAAUUGCCUCCUCGUAACGUUUAUUUUGGGAGAAGUUAAUUUAUAAGUUUCCUGUGGAAUUUUAUUUUUUAUUGAGUUGUGGAAUUUUGUAGUUUCCUCAAUAAUACUGAAAAUUAAUUCGAUUUAGGAUGCUUAGUGUAAGUGAUGACCCGUUUAACCCGAAAGUCAAAGGACAAAUUCUCCUUUCUUAUCGCCAUACAUUUUUGACAGCAGACAUGCUUAGCUAGAAGUUAAGUUAUGCAAAAUUUGGUUGAUCGUUUUCUUAAUUCUCACGACAUCUUAUCCUGAUCAAUACCCGAUUUAAAAAUGAGAAAUUAGUCACUGAUCAUCGUUCACGGGUAAAGGGUUUUAAGACGGUUAGUUUACUAGCAGUGACCCUAUCUCGCCCAUGCGAGCAAGCUCUCAAUUUGUUUCCUUUCGCGUGCGGCUCUCGAGUAACCUCCCGCGAACCUCCAAAUGGAGAACUUGAUCGCGCGCGGGCUUUAGAUUACAUUACCCGCCUCGCCUUAAAUUUUACAGCUUGUCUGGAUUUACGAGUGAUUAAGUUCUACGCCUACUCCAUUAGGGGCGUGUAUUGGAAACUUUUAUAGCAGCUGGCUGCUUAGUGGACGGUUUGGGGUCUGAUUGAUAUUAUGCUUCAAAAACGGAACUUUAUAUCUAAGUCUUAUGACACAAAUAAGUCAACGCAACUUUCAAAAACCUUGUCGGUAAUUCUCUUGCUUACAGUGACACUUGUAGUUUCGCGCGGGCUCUUUCUUUCGAAGUUACGUGCAUAUGCGUCGGAGUAAAUUAUUUUGGCGUUCUAUAUUGUACUUCCUAUACUUUGUAACAACUUAUUUAUGGUUCGUUCACCUCAAUGACGAAGAUAGAUCUAUUCUUGUGGUCUUUAGAUCUCUUUCAUACCGGAGACUAGCAGGCUUUAUCUUUUUCCUCUGGUAUUUUAAAAAAUCGCGUUAAAGAACUUAUUAUUCAUAUUUUACGUUGUUGUUGUGGAAUCAAAAGGAGAGCUUUCAUAGACUUUGUCGAGCGCGACCGUACAAACAAAUAAGCUUUUCACUGUCAACCCCGGCUGUCAAACACGAUCAUUCUUUCAAAAACGCGAAAUUUUUAACCUUAAAAUCCUUCGGCAAGUUUACUAAGGUAGCCUUAGAGACAACGAACUUAUUUCCUUUGGAGCUGUUUCGUGAAUCAUUGCCAAAUUCAGAUAGUCGGAACUGACCACCUGAACAAGUCAUAAAAUAGCCAUAACAAAGAGGGAUGGCUUGAAUAACAAGGCAAAUGCUAAAAGAGGAAGGGAUGGGUAAUAAUUGAUGGAUAUUAGAAC